ACCGCGGCGGCCUCGCGGGUGGAAGGUGAGAGCAUCGCGUGGUAUCAAAAAUAAAAAGAAGCCCCGUGAUAAGCGGUGUCCCGUCCGCGGCAGGGGGCUCAACGCUCGUGGAGAUGCCUCUCGCCUCCCGACGGCCUGGCGAGCUGCAGGCGGGCGACGAGGCGCGGCGUGCAGAGGCGUGCGGGGCGGCGAGCGGAUGAGUCCUGGGCGCGGACACCUCGCGGACACCCCUGUUGGACUUGCGCACCGCCGCCACCUGCACGGCACCGGGCCACGCCGUCAACGCCACCCGGAGCCGCCGGGGCAGCGACACCGCCGAGCCGAACAUGGCAAAGACUCCAGAAUGUAUGACUGCUCGGCGGGUGCUGUGGUGGCUCGUGUUCUUCGGCUUCGCCGUCAACUACAUGGUCCGCAUCAACAUCAACAUCGCCAUCGUCGGCAUGGUGCAGCACCCCAAGGCCAAGGGCGGCAAGGCCAGCGACGAGUGCCUGAGCGAGGGCGGCGGCGGCGGCAACUGGACCAUGGCCAUACGCAAGGACGCCGACCUCCUCAACCAGACGGUCGGCAACGCCAGCCUCGCACCCACCAGCAUGAUCAUGGUCGCCGAUGACGAGGGGUGGACGCGCUUCGACUGGGACGAGCGCCAGCAGGGCCUCGUGCUGGGGGCCUUCUUCUGGCUGCACUGGAUGACGCAGCUGCCCGGCGGCAUCCUGGCGCGGCGCUACGGCACCAAGCUCGUGUUCGGCCUGAGCAACGCCGUGCCGGGGCUCAUGGGCGCGCUCGUGCCCGCCGCGUCGCACUGGGACUACCGCGCCCUGCUCGCCCUGCGCCUCGUCCAGGGGCUCAUCGCGGGCUUCUGCUGGCCGGCCAUGCACUUCAUGACCGCCCAGUGGAUACCACCCAACGAGAGGAGCAAGUUCGUCACGGCGUACAUGGGUAGGCCUCGGUGUAGAGGUGGUGUGGCCAAGGGGUACUUCGCUCGAAAAGUGUAUCAGUGUACACCUUAAAAAUAAACAGGGGGAAAACAAUUCAAAAAUUAAUAUA